GAUAGCAAAUCUUUCACUCAAAACAUCGUUGUCUAGAGCCUAUUGCACCAACGACAACACAAAUAACCCCUCAACACAAGACAAAAGCCAGACCAGAACGCCUUCAGCAUGGCCGACAAGAAUGACUUUCUUACCUCCAAGUCCGCUAGCAAUGGCUAUGUACGUUUCACACCAGGGCCAUCGCAUAGUGAUGCCGCUUUAGCCCUGAAGAAGAUCCCGCGAUACCUUUUCAGAGUCCAUGCACCAAGUACUUCAGGUGAAACAUCACUAGAAAAUGUCGUGUCAAGAGCUGCUCUCUGUGGUCAUGCUGCAGCUGACUGCGACAUUUUCUCGAUGCCCCCCGGCGAAGCGGCCGAGAUGCUCAACUGCCACCUUCGCGGGUGGGCCAGGAACGAUGACAACCUCAUGUCUUGGACGAGCUCAUUACUUUUCGCCCUUCAAUACGCCCUGUAUCGCAGCAUCUUACCCAGAGGUGAAUUGCUCGACAACCCGUCCGAUAUCUGGAUCUAUAUCUUGGACACGAGACUCCUGUCUGAAGAUUCAUUCAUCCCAGACGUCGCGCUUCUUGAUGCAUUUGUUGGAAAAGAUCUAGGACGCACGUACAAUCUAUCCAAAUUGCGAUAUCUGCGCCGAGAAACCUCUUACAACUUUGGCGAAUAUUUAUGUCAAGGGAAGCUAUGGAUUGAAGGUGCAUGUUCUUCAGCCUCUCUUCAGAGUAUCAUGGAUCACGGCCUUUUCAGGCUUUGUCCAGAGCUAGGGCUACCGAAUGAGAAGCUAGAACUGGCAAAAAGGGUCUGCAGGCUUCGCAUCCAAUGCUUUGCCUCUCCCACUCCAGCGACCAAGGCCGACUUCCGCUUUGCCAGCACCAUUGCGCAGGGAUGUUUCGGAGAGGAAGACGGCUGGGCACUUCCAAUAACGGCCGCAUUGCUCUCUCUACGGAAGCGACCAAUAAAUGAUGUUGCCAUCAUGGAAGGAUUCAAGGCCCUGUUCUCGGAUUAUGAGAUUUGCAAACAUAACCUCGAUACCCUCAAGAGCUUCCCGCUUGAUACGCAUCCGGAAAUCCACCAAUUUUCCAAGAUCGUUCAAGAUCUCCACAGUGACUACUGCACCAGAGUUCUUGAUUCAGUGCUAGCCACCGCCAGCAAGUUAUCAUUAGUAUCUUUAUGAACGCAAGUGGAUCUUCAUGGUACUAAAUCUAGCGUACA